GCGGGAAAAGGUGAAAAAAUGGCGACUCGCACAGAGUCUGUUUGCGCGUCCAGCUGAAGCUGGAGAAACUUUUAUGUUAGCGAAUGGAAAUAUCGCACCGCGAGUGCAGCGCCGACAUUUUUUGCGAGGGAAUAUUUUAUCCCCCCUGGGAGAGGAGAGGAAUCAAGACGGAAAUCUAGGUGAGUGCGUUAAGGAUGUUGGAGGGAGCGUGCCGGGAUGGCUACCUGGCUGUAGGUGAGGAGGAGCUGGAGGCCAAGCGGCUGCUGCCCAAGCACGACAAAAACUGCAGUGACCUGGAGAGCAAGCUGACUGUGGGCCAGUACGUACUCUGCCGCUGGUCUGAUGGCCUGUAUUACUUGGGCAAGAUCCAAAGGGUUAGCUCUUCAAAACAGAGCUGCUUCGUCACGUUUGAAGACAACUCCAAGUUCUGGGUGCUUUGGAAGGACAUACAACACGCUGGCGUUCCGGGAGAAGAGCCCAAAUGCUCUGUGUGCUCCGAGAUGACAAUGGUGUCUGAGAAUAAAAUCCUUAUCUGCGGAAAAUGUGGAAUUGGCUACCACCAGCUGUGCCACAUGCCGCAAGUGGAGAGCUCAGCUGACCUCUCGCCUUGGUUCUGCAGAAAGUGCAUUUUUGCCUUAGCAGUGAGAAAAGGGGGCGCACUAAAGAAGGGCCCCAUAGCCAAAGCACUGCAGGCCAUGAAGCAAGUUCUCACCUACAACGCUGAAGAACUGGAGUGGGACUCUCUGCACCGCACCAACCACCAGCAGUGCUACUGCUACUGCGGGGGACCUGGAGAAUGGUACCUGAAAAUGUUGCAGUGUUUCCGUUGUGAGCAGUGGUUUCACGAAGCGUGCACACAGUGUCUGCAAGAGUCCAUGAUGUUCGGCGAUAGGUUUUACUUGUUUAUUUGUGCCGUGUGCAAUAAGGGAGUGGAGUACAUCAAACGCCUGGCUCUGCGCUGGGUGGAUGUGGUCCAUCUGGCCCUGUACAACCUGGGAGUACAGAGUAAGAAAAAGUACUUUGAACUGGAGGAGAUCCUCAGCUUCAUCAGCAACAACUGGGAUCAUUUCCAGCUGGGCAAGCUUGCGAACACCCCUCCCUCAGAGAGAGGCCAGCUCAUCCUUGAUGCACUUAACAACUACAAAAGCAAGUUUCUCUGCGGAAAGGAGAUCAAGAAGAGGAAAUGUAUCUUUCGGCUGAGGACGAGAGUUCCCCCCAACCCCCCCUCCAAGCUCUUUCCAGAGAAGACCCCGAAAAGCGAAGGACGCAGAGGCUGCAAGAAAGGAGUGAUGCGCAACGGUUGUGCUCCUGCAGAGAAGCGGAGGAAGAAGAGGUCUAAGUGGCUGCUGGAGGAUGCUAUUCCCAACAAUGAGAUGAUGUCCACCUGGAGCUCCAAUCACCACAUGGCUAACAUCUUCGACUUUACGCUCGACGAGUUGCAGAGCUUGAAAAGUACUAGUUCAGGACGGACAUUUAGUCUGGAUCAGGACUCAACAGAUGCAGCAAGCACUUCAGGCUCUGCCACUACCAGCGUUUCCUACGACUUCAGGAAGAACGUGGGCAGCCGGAAAAGGAAGCUUCCUUCAUCCAACUACAGUGCUCUGGCCAGUAAGCGGGAGGCAAUGGAGAGCGAGCUGAGUCCAGUGGGUACGCCAGUGGUCGAGUCCGGGGAUGUAAUUGGCAGUGCCAUCGACAGCCACACUUUUGAAAGCCUGAGCGAAGAUGACACGUCCCUCUCACACCUCAAGUCCUCUAUUACCAGUUACUUCGGCGCAGCAGGGCGGCUCACGUGCGGUGAAAAGUACCAGGUUCUGGCACGCAGGGUCACGCCAGAGGGCAAGGUGCAGUACCUGGUGGAAUGGGAGGGCACCACGCCUUACUAAGAGUCACCUACCUGAGGGCAUGAGAAUGGAGAUGAGGUUCAAGAUGGGGUUCUUCACUUCCAGGCCUGGGGAGUCACAGUGGUGCAGAGUUCAAGAUUCAAAAAAUGAACAGAUGAAUUAGGCACAGAUGCCUAACUGGUCAAAUUGUCCAACAUCAUCCUGUCAUUAAGAUCAUGGUUAAAGUGAUGUCAUGGAUGACUCUUCUGGAGUACUGUGACCUUCCAGGGUUGGGGUUGAAGAACACUUGAGCAAACACAGUUAGAGAAUGUCACAUCGCUUAAAGUAGUUCUCACUUUUUUUUUUUUUUUUUUUUUUUCCCUUCUUUCUCCUUUUUACAUUACAAAAACAUCUAAACAACUGAGUUCCAGAAUUCUAGUUUUCUAGUGCAAUUGUAGUUUUCUAAAGGAUCUUAGAAAUAUAUAUGGGUACACCUAUAGGUUGUGCACUUACCCCAUGUUGGGUAAUGAAGUGUUUUCUAUUUUUUUUUUUUUUAAUUUUUAAAUUUUUUUGGUCACAGUGUCCUGUUGACAGGGCACUAUAAACAGCACAAAACUCACUUGUCUGAUUCAGCCCAUUAACAUUGUAGUACUUAAUACUUGUGUUUUUUUUUUUCGUUUGUUUGUUUGUUUUUCCCCCCUUUCUAGUUUCAGUCGUCGCACUUGUAGACUGGUUUAAUUUCCAUUUAAGGUCAGUGAGAUAUAAAGAUGUAAUAUUUUAUAGCCAUGACACAAAACAUUUUUUAAAUGUUGACCCUCAAGGGUGUUAAACCAUCAUCAGUUCAAAUAGUGGACAACAUGACAGCAGUUUGCCUUCUCGUGGUUGAUGGCAUUAAAAAUAUCUAACCCUGCCCACACAAAAUUAUCAUUUCUAUCAACUGGGUUAAUGCAUGAUGAUUUUUUUUGGUUUUAAUAACACAAGGAGGCAUGGUGCAUGAUCCUUCUGUAAAUGAAACUAACUUAAGAAUGUGGUCUCUUCUGAACAUGACUACACCCUACUCCCUCUGAUGGCUACACCCUUCACAGUGAAAACUCUGAAGGAUCCCUGUCUAGGGGUCAAAAGUGCCAUUGGUUGUUCCAUUCAAGAAUGACCGUUUUGAAGAACGCUUUGCCACUUUAUCACUGCAGUUUGGCAAGAACAGACAAAUGGUUCCCGUGAAUGGACUUGCCAUGCAUCGGGCUCAUCUCUUCAGAAUGGAGCACAGGUUCCGUUGCCAUGUACACACACCCUACAUGAAAACAGGGAGUGUUUACAAGAAGUAUGUGUGUGCGUCUGGGGGACACACGCUCUUCCGCCAUCUGUCAGUAAAUUUUCAUCUGCUAUGCGAAUGUGAAUAAUUUGCAAUCAGCCAUGUUGUCCACUAUGUAGAGUACUGUGAAAAAGCCAGGGAUCACCCUUUUGUUUUCAAUCAAAUUGCCAUUCAGUAAUGAUGGGAGAAUGUACAGUACAUUAAUUCCAUUUUCACCUGUGCAGCACUUAUUUAUGCAGGUCAAUAUUAAAGUUCAAUAUUACAAAUAAAAUGUUUACAGAUUUCAUACUGUUUUUAACUGUUGAAGACCUGGAUGGUUUUCUGUUAAAUAAAUUUUCCCAUCAUUAUUUUUAUUGUUCAUAAAUCACACUGAUCAAAAAAAUGUAAUGUGAGCAUGUGACUUAUCUAGCCAUUUUUAAACAGAAAACUUCAGCUACAAUGAUGGACUAAAUGUCUGAUUUAGCUGAUAAUGUGUGUGUGAACAGCAAACGCACUAAAUUUUUAGUGCUGUUACCUCUAAAGACUAAACCUGUCCAAGACUAAACCCUUAAAGUCUAGUCAGUGUACAUAUCUGUUUGCAGUAGGAAACUUUGGCCGUUGUACACUUAUAUACUUAUGUACACAUUUUGAACUUUAAAAAUGUAUCCUGGUAUGUCAUAUCACUUCCAAAGACUUUCUUCCUUAUACAGUAGAUUGCUUCAAUAUAAAUGUGUAUCCGAGCCCUAAUCUUUAAUCUGCCCACGUUUCACUUGACUGGAAAUGUUAAGCUAGUUUAAAAUCGAGUGUAUCAUAUUAGUAUUGCGAGUUUAUUUGACAUUAUUAGUCUUUUUUUACAGUGUUAAAAAAAAGAAAUAUACUUUAUUAUUUACCUGUAUAUAAUUGGACAAAUGUUUAGCCCCCUUUAUUGUAUUGCACUAUUAACACGUUUUCUCAGCUAUGCAACUGUUAUUGCUUAACUGAUUUGUCAUAUAUUUUAUAAUUGAUCAGAAGAGAAAAAAAAAAACUUUUAUACAAAGCACUUACUUUGUGCAUCUUAUUGAUUAUAUAAAACAUUUUAUGGAAAUAAUUCCCCAAGUACAAACAUUUAUGCAAAUUUACACAAAUUCAGUGACAUAGUUCAACCAUAAUACAAGUCAUAAUCCAAAACUUUAACGUCAUAGCUCAUCACAUUGAACUAAUGCUUGGUAGUUCAGCUGCUGGUUCUGAAGGUUUUUUUGUUUUGUUUGUUUUUUUUUUUUUUGUUUUGUUUUUUUAAUUAUUCUUUAUCUUGUGUUCAAGUCACACCUUUUUUUUUUUUUUUUUUUUUUUUUUUUUUUGAUCUUGUGUUAAAGUUCCAGUAAAGAGCUGCUGUGGCUAUAUAGCUGCCAAACACAUCCACAAAAGCUCCGUUUAAAGCUGUAUUUCAUGCUGCCUGUUUUGUUUGGGAUCGCUGGAGUAGCAGUUGAAUUGGUCUGCUUUCCACUGAGAGUGAACUGUGAAUAGCAUCAGCCCGCAAGCUUCCCAAAUCUGAUCUACUUCCACAACAUCCUGACGCGGCUGUAAGUAAAGCUAGUGAGAGAACAGUUCAGUGUUUCCUAUAAAUAACAGUGUUGUGAUGUAACAUGCUUUAAGCUGUGCGUAAGGAACCUUUCUGCUUAUGUUCAUCAUAUGUUAGAUAUUUAACAUAGGUUUUGCAAUAUGUAAUUAUUGGUGUGUCACUCAUGAACCAUUCACUCCAGUUUUAAACAAUAAAAAGCAUUUUGUCAGAAUGUA